ACGAAGGCCUGUAAAAAGGGCGCUCAGAUGAUAGCUGCCAGCAUUACAAUAGCAGCAACGGAAGGCGGGGCUGCAGGCGAGAAUUACCGUCCGCUGAUUAUAUACCUUUUGGUCAACCACCUAAAGGGAAAUGGCUAUGAAACAACCGGUGUUAGCCUUUCUCUUUGGCUUCGCAGGUAUUAUUUUCCUCGUACAUAGCCACAAAAUUCGACACGCACAGGUGAAGUCUUCCAGAGAGUCUCCUACAGUGUUUUCCCAGAAGCAAAUUUCUCCCAAGCUCAAAGAAAUAGCCAAACAUUCCAGUGAAUAUAGUGUUAAUCCUGAUAGUACGUCAGAAGAAGAUUUGUACUCUUCUGCAACCAGCGGGUCCCCUGACUAUGAGGCAGUUGACGAUGUGGAGGGCACUGAUUCCACGCGAAAAUACGCCGAACCCUUCGAGGGAAGCGCCGAUUCCAACGAUACAGGCAACGUGUCAGCUGCCACUCACAAGGAACUCGGUGAAAAUGCAAAAUGCAAAGCUUGCAAGGAGUUCGAAAACGCAAAAGCUUUUGCCAUUGAAACCAUCAAGGCUAAAAUAUUAAAGAAGCUUCAGUUGACCCAUCUUCCAAAUGUGUCUGGCACGAGUCUUCCAAAGAUUCCUCACCUGCAGAAAAUCAUUGACAAGUACAACUUGCAGAGUGACAUGCCCUACAUGCAGGACCAGUGGGAGCGUGGACACCACUACUAUGACAACCCCGAGGAUCCAGCCAGGACGGAGAAGAUGUUUGCUCUUGGCACCAGGCUGCCGGACUAUCUGACUUACAUCAACAGUUCUAAGGCCUGUUUCUUCAAUGUCGACCCGGGCCCGAACAUCAUAAAGAAGGGGAAACUGUGGGUGUACCUACGUCCAUCAAAGACUCUGCAGAACACGGUGACGUAUCUGAGGGUUUACAAACUAGGGCCACCGCCCCACCUGGGCAUGCCACCCAUGCGGAGCCUGGCACGUUCCAAGAAGAUUCUGCUGGAAAGGGCAGGGGGUUGGCACCCAUUUCGACCUGGUCAACAUCAUCGACCGAUGGGCCCACGACCCGCUCAGUAAUUACGGUCUGGAGAUCGAAGCGCUGGACCACAACAACAACAACCUUGUUGUCAUCCGCCAGGGGAAGGAGCUGAUGUUGGAUAUGAGCCGUUCCUCGCUAUACGGGUGAUUCAGGAUUACCGACGUCGAUACAGACGAGACUCCUCCAAGACCUGUGACAAAGACUCCACUGUGUGCUGCGACGAUACUUGCUCGUGGACUUCCAAUCCUUCGACUGGCACUUUGUCGUGGUCUCCCAAAAAGUUCGUGUCCUACUUCUGCAGCGGCGACUGUCCGUUGAUCUACAAACAAAUCAACCAGCAGACCCACAUCCUUAAGAACGUGAACUCUUCGUACGAAGCCUGCUGCAAGCCUUCUUCGUUAGGCCCUUUGCAGAUGCUCUACAGGAAAAACGCCUCCAACUUUGUCAUUGAAUAUAUUCCAGGCAUGGUCACGAAACAUGCUCCUGUUUGUGAGGAGGGCUGUCAUGUUGGACGAAUUUUGGAAGACGCCAAGCUAUCGUAACAACAUUAAUAUACCUGCAGUAACAACAAACGCAAAUGUCUCCUGUACUCUACUGAGGAGACUUUAACCCACGAAGUCGGUAUUUAAAGAAAGGCAAAUGUCUGUCUGUACCGUGAAGAUGCUGCGCUGUACAGAAUGUACAGUGGAAUAAGAUGCCCUGACACUCAACGCAGGCUCUCCAAGAGCUGAAUCAACUAACUAUGUUGUUUUCCAUAAAACGUGUGAUAAUUUGAUGGGUCGCCACAAGGCUUGAGUAUUGUUUGCAACUAGGCAAAUAUUGGGUAACUGCGCAAGAAUGAAACUAUGUAACAGCGCUGCCAACUUAUCAUUCUCACACAACAAAUCUGAUAGCGCCGCAAUAUUCCGAUCCCGAGGGCGAUGCAUUGCUGUGGGCAAAUACUAUACUUUGCGAGGGCUACUCGUGUUGCUUGUUAAUUGUCACGAUCGCUUCCAAACCAACCAACUGUUGUCUUUCCUAAUUUACUCUAAAGAAAGACAGUGAGAGAUUUUAUUUAACCCAGUUAAACCAACUACAGCUUAACUGUGCACAGACGUUAAAAAAUAACGGUAAAGUUUAUCCAUAGCCACGGUGACGGAAUGGUUCAUCCAUUACGGGGAGAAUACUGCUUGUGCACAAGUAGAUCAUAUCGAUGGGGGAUUUCCCUAUUCCUUAUAUGAAUACGGCUUAUAGGCUAUUUCCUACUUGUGCCCACAUAGCUUAAACAUAUUCGUCUCCCCUGAAUGCAUGAAUCAAAUUUAUAGAAAUAAACGUUACCUUCACAUUACAUUAAAUGCAUUAACCUAAUUAUCAAUGCCAAUCAGUGUCACGUGACAUGGAGUGAACAGCUAUAGAGAAAUUUCUUUAGAAUAACAGCGAUUAGCGUGUGUAAAUUUGUGCUCAGUGACAUCUUGCGAUUGGUAGGACGUGUUGACAGUGAAAAAAAGCCUUGUGGCUGGUAUUACAUAACAGAACUUCCAGUGAUAAAUGUAACAAAUGAAUACCAUGUGUUGUAAAGCUGUUAUUGUGAUACGCACUCGUCUUGUGAACACAUUUUACUCGAGUGUAUGUUUUUAUGUUUAACGAAGAGCAUAUUGUCCAGCUGAAUGUUACAUGAUACACUUAUGGUCCGGUGUACAAGGCAGUUGCGCAUGCGCUUUGGGUCGUUGAAAGGCACCGUGAGGUCGAAUGCUAGCAGGUGGAUGUGGUGGUCUUUCGCAGAAAAUUCCAAAUUUAUCUUCGUGACGAUAAGACAGUGACAAGUGUAUUUCCAGAGAAGACGCGACUGCAACUGAAACUGUCUCGAUGAUGUACAAAGGCUUUGUUAAUGAAUGCAUAUUUACCGUUGCUAACUAUGUAAAUAGUUUAAAUGUAUUGUUUCGUUGAAGCAGGAGAACAACUGUUACACCAAGUCUUUCACAUUGGUUAUGAUAUAUUAUACAGCUUAGGGAAAGGCCAUACAAAUACUCACAGUUAUCCCGCAUCAGACAAAAUACUCCGCUUUUCAUUGGACAACAACGGUCACGUGAGGUACAGAUAUAAUCUCGAAUCCUGCAGACGACGUCAAAUGUGACUACUGAGUAGGUUAUCUCCCUUUGUUGGGGUCAAACGAUGGUCAUAACGCUGAGGCGUUUUACAUAUACAUCGGUCUUCUGCACUGAACUGAUGGGUCUUUGCGAAGUGAAUUCGUUACGUGGUUACUCAGUGAUAGGAUACGCAAAUGUAUGGUGUCAAUAAUCGUUAUAAUGGGCUCGGCUGACAUCUCGCCAAAUACGAGGAUUAUGGACAAUAUAUAUUUGCUUAUCCUAUCACUGAGUAACCAUGUAACUAAUACUACACUGACUAAUUUCACACAUUCUGCUAUAUAUAGAACUAAAUAACUGCAGACAAGCACAAAGUUAUGAUGCGAGUUUCCUACCUUGGUGGCUACACAAUGAUUACUGUUUUUUCUACCAUACAAAAACAUUUACGCACACACAACCAAUCACCUACUUCAUAUUUAACAUGCUUUUUUUUCUCCCUUAGGAAUGCAAUGAAUAACAGUCGUGUAGCAUGAACUUUUCUAAAUGGAUAUAUGAAUGACAUUGUUUUAUGUUGUGUUGUUCAAGAAUUUUGAUGGCGGGUUUUUCAAUGUAGUUUGUGCUAAAGAACAUACGUCUAUGUUAUUAACUCUAAUGUUAAUGUAAAAUAGCAGUUAAAUGUGUAGAAUGAAAUAAUUUUUUUCAAAAAUUUAAUGACAAUGCCUACAUGAGAGUGUUUAUAACACACAUGUUGUAAAACAAAACACACCCUUCCUGAUUACCAACUCAAUGUAAAUGAUUCAGUAACGUGACUGGAGAUAUGUCAGUGGAUAACUAGAACGACACAGCCGCGAUGAUCACAAGAAAUAAACAGCAAUGGAACUAUUAUUAAAGGCGAAAAAGUAACACACGGAUCUAGAAACAAAACAGCAAAUGGAUAUUCUUGAAGAAAGUUCAGGGCCCCGUGGUUCGCAAGUGUAUUAGCUAAUACCGGUAUUAAGUCAUAUUUUGAAUUCAAAAUUGUAGCCAAACUCAGCAGCUAAUGCAGUUGUCCAAAGUCAUAGUUUAAGAGUAACAUAUUUACGCCAUAUUUAACAUAUUAUUAUGGAAUUAUUAGUGGGCUAAGAACAAAAUUGAACGCUUGGCUUAAAGUUAAAUCUGGUAUUAUGGCUUAAAACAGUUUUGAACAACCGGGCCCUAGUCUCUUGCUAUUAAUGGCUUACACAAAGUUUAUAAACUGUUUACGCCUUUUAACUGUGAUCAAAUAGACUAUGUUGACAGUACUCUCGGCCUAACUGUUUGUAGCGAGCGUAAGCUUUUAAUUGUAGCUCGAUCUUUGGUAUAGCGUAUAUUGCUGAGGCAAUGUAUAACAAUACUCUAGUUACGCAACAACCUUAGCUGUGUUGUUCACGGGACAGUAUGUGAUAUCAGCUCGGAUGUAGCUUAAACUGGAUUUGAGUGAACGCUAGCAGAUCGUCUUUGGUGCCUGUAGAUUGUUUCCAGCGUCAGGAGCUAUGGGAAAUAUUGAUGUGGAGACACGAUGACCAUGUCCGCAAUUCACUAUAAACAUAGUUGUACCAAAUUUGUCUCGCAAUUGCAGUCGUUUGUUCUUAUCGUUAGUCAGACAGUUUAUAUCUGUAUGCCAAAGUUCGUGAGUUUAUGAUCGUAAGAUACUUGUGUAGAAUAUGUAAAGAUAAAGACUGUAAACGUCACGUGAGUGUGCACGAGAAAAUGGUCUGUAUGGCAUCCGCUUUGAGUAGCAAAUAAAAGCUUAAUUCUGUUGA